AAUACAAAUGGAAUUUACAGAAGUGUUACAACUUACACAUACCAACAAACAAUUCUUGUAGCUUCUGCAAUAAGCUCAAGAAAUUACAGUUUUCAGCAUCAUCGAAACAAAACAAUGAAGAAUUCUUAGGCUUAAGAUCAAGGCAGCAACUCUUUUCCCAGUUCAACAGAAGAAUUACAGCUAAGUAUUUGCUGAUUUAGCCUUUUAGCUUAUCCUGGAUGUCGUCAUGCAGGUUCCAUUGUGGGUGAACACCUCUAUUCCAAAAAAAAACAAAGCAAGAGAACAGUGCAACCAGAAGCAUGUUUGACAUAACAUAAAUAUGCAACAUUCGCACUAUGAUGGAUCGUGGGUACUUGCUAAUUUCCAGUUAAGUCAGUAACGAAAAAUUAAAGCUAUAUGACCUCAACUUGUCCAGCACCUCACGGGCAAUUCAGUGGGUCGAAUUUCCAAUCCCUAUCGCGCACUAUGCAUUGUAAACCCGUGACUCCCCAAAUCGCACCCAAAACCACUGCAAUUUCUAGAAACAAUUACAGUUUAGUGCAUUCCAUCAGAAAAAUGCACGUGCAGUUUUCGAUAAUUCAAAUGUGCCUGACUCCUCAUGCUAUUAUCAUCAAAUAAAGAAUUUAAUCAUGGAAUCGGCUGGUUCGAAUCGAUGGGCUAAUAACGGGAUGGCUAAUCUUCGGAUGAGCGACAAAUGUACCGGAGGCCGGGAGCCUGUCGGCGUCCCCGACGACGGCAAGCGCGCCGUGGCACUCCUGGCACCUGAACCGCGGCACGGAUUGGCCCGCCCCGCCGCUCCGGCCACCGGUCAGGUGCCUCAUCUCGCCGGGCACCACGCUCCCACUAGGCAGACUCCUUGCUGAACCGAACGGCCUUUGCCCUUGCGUUUCGCGGAUACCAAAUCCGCCCUGUAUCUGCGAUUCCCUUCAGGCACGAGGGGAGAUCGAAUCGGAGGAAGAAGGGGUUUUUUUUUUUUUGAAAUUAAUCGGAGGAAUAUGACUCCACCGGGAUAAGACGCGGACGGAAUCGGGCAACUCCAAACGGCGCGGGGAAGAGCACGGCGUAACUGACGUGUGGGACCGGAAACGGAGAAGAGUAUAUGGGCCCACCUGUCGGUGGGUUGGAAGACGGUAUCCUUCUUCAAAUCACGUCUUCUUCGGGAAAAGUUUCUCUUCCUCUUCCUCUUCCUCUCCCUCUCUCUCUUCGACGACGUCGGCGAGGGCUAGGGUUUGGUGUGGUUUGGUGUGUCACCGCCAUCCGCCAUGGCAGAGGCCACCCAGUACCAGAUCCUGGUGCGGCUCCUCGACGGUCGCACCCACUGCCUCCGCUUCACCACGCCCAGCGUCUCCGGCGCCGCCCUCCUCGAUGCCGUCGCGACCCUCUCCCGCGUUCCGGCCGCCGCGCUCCGUCUCGUCGCCGGCCGCCUCGACGUAUCGCCCUCGUCCGUACUCACCUCAGCCGCCGACGGACAGUUCCCCUCGGCGUCCGCGCUCCUCCGCCUCCGGGGAGGCAAGGGCGGGUUCGGCUCCCUCCUCAGAGGGGCCGCCUCCAAGGCCGGCCAGAACAAAACCAGCAAUUUUGACGCCUGCCGCGACAUCAACGGCCGCCGCCUCCGCCACGUCAACGCCGAGCGCCGCCUCGAGGAAUGGAAGGCCGAGGCCGCGGAUCGCCAGCUCGAGAAGCUCGCCGAGGACUUCAUCAAGAAAAAGGCCAAGGAGGCGGGCCGCCGCGGUGGGCCCUCAGCCGCCGAGGUGGACAAAUACCUCGAGAAGUACCGCAAGGAUGCUGAGAUCUGCGUCAACGCGGUUGAGGAAUCCGUGCGUGCAUCUCUUGGGAAGAGGAAGACCGCGCCUAAACCACCCCCUGGGGCAGACUCCAAGAAGUUUAAGAUUUGGUUGGGAAAGAAUAAGGUAGAAGACAAUGAAAGCGAUAGUGACAGUGAUAUGGAUGAUGAGGAUAGAGAAGGUGAUGAGGGCACAGAUGCCAAAUCCAUAGUUCUUGAUGACGGGAAUUGCUCAAAUGGAUCCAGCAAAAGUGAGGACGAGAAGCCUGAUCUGGGUUCCGUUUCUGGGUCACAUUCAGAAGGAGAGUCCUCAGGUGAAAAGUCCCAGCACAUUGAUUCAGACGAAAAUGGAAAAUGUGUUGAGUCAAGUGUGGAACCGACAGUGAGAUCAGGGGCUGAAGGUGGUGAUGUUGAAUCUGAUGGUAGUGUGGAGACUGACGUAGCGGAUCAGCCCAUUUCUGUGAGCAGUGCUGUAGUUCCUUCAGAAGAAGUGCUGAAAUCAGAUGGAGUCAAAGCAGAUGUGGAUGGCACUGCUUCAGCUGCUUCAAAUCAAAACAACCCAGAGGUGACUCAAGUAGAAGAAUCUACUGAUGUCAGCAAUUCUCAUUCAGAACCAUUAGACCUGGCAAAGUACAGUUCAGCUGCAGAAUUGGAGACACUUGGCUUGGAGAAGCUCAAGGUGGAGCUGCAAAGUCGUGGACUAAAAUGCGGUGGAACAUUACAGGAGCGAGCUGCCCGACUUUUCCUUCUGAAGACAACUCCACUGGACAAGCUACCAAAGAAGCUGCUCGCAAAGCCCACUGCUGGGACUGGGAGGAAGUGAGUAGUAAUAAUAGCAUGUAACAGGUUCUAUGAUUAAGGAAACAAAAUGCAAAACUUGAGCUGUAUUUGAAGAUACUUGAAAUCUGUUGUAAGAUGAUCAUACGCCUUUGGCUAGGCACGUCAAAUCAAUGAGAUGCAUGUAUCAUGUAUGUAUA